AUGAACUGAAGAGUAAGGAUGCCAUUAGAAGUAGGUUCCAGAUGGAGCUCCGUCCGUUCCUGGCCUCCCCGUCAACAAAUUUCCUCUCCUGCCUUGGCACCUACAACUUCAGCUGCCAGACAUAUCAGCUUGUCCUUGAGGCAUUCAGCAACCAAAGCCCAUUGAUGGACAACAACAGAAAGCGAACAGUGUUUACUCACUUCAUCCGACCGUUCCUUUCCAGAAAAGAUUUGCCAGACCCAGGUUGUGUGUCCUCUGCCGAUGGUAGUCAACUCUGGCUGCAGGCCAACCUUGGCAAUUUCUCUGCUUUUGCAACCAUAGAGGAUUUGCAAACCUUCAAUCCAAACUUCUCCAGUGCCCAAGCCUUGUCAGAACUGUCACCCUCUCAGGUAGCACAGUUACUGCUGAGCUCAGACAUCUCAAAUGACACAAAAUUUAUCGACCGAGUCUUUGAGCGACUGGAAAAUGGAAACGCUGUUGACAACGUGGAUGAAUUCUUUACAAAGCUUACAGAGCAGGAGGAGGUCCCAGAGUUCCAGGCUGACGUGAGGGAUCGCAUUAUGAACAAGACCUACAUCAUCAUCAGUCCCUCUUUCCCAGAGUUCACUGAACAGGACUUUUUUGGUUGGUUCCAUGUCAAACUGGUCCCCGUCCUUGCAAGUUUCACUCCAGAAAUGCUCCGAGGUGUAACUACCAACAUGAACUGCACAAACUAUCACAUCAUUGUGAGUGGGAUGGCCAAGGUUGUCUCUGCCAUACCUCAGCAAAGACUGCAAGAAAUUGCAGAUGUUUUACUGGAAUACCUGCAAGACUCUGCCGCUGUCAUCAACCAGCCAGAUUGCAGGACAGGAAUCAAGACUGAUGCCCAAUGGAUUGAAACAAACCUGGGUCCAUUUUCUCCAUACAUAACAUAUUCUGAGCUCAAAUUCUUCAACCUCUCUCUGAUAACUAUACUAGAUACACUCUCUCCUGGACAAAAAGCUGAAUUUCUCCUUCAACCCAACAAAUUGGCCAAUGACAGUCUUUUCAUAGCUGUAUUCAAACCUUUCACUGAGUCAGCCUCCCUCGAAAACCUUCAGUCUUUCUUUAUUGUGUUUGUGGAUAGUUUUGCAAAGACAAACUUGACUGCAGUUAACCCCAGCGUGCGUGAAAAUAUCCUAAAUCUGACAAUAACAGCACUCGUGCCAAAAUUCUACCAGCUAAAUUCUGAGGGCUUUAGAUUAUGGUUCCAGGUUUAUCUCCCUCUCUUCCUCUCAAGUGCCAACUCUACAACCUUUGAAAUCAUUCCAAGAAACAUCUCCUGCAGCUCCUAUCAACAAAUUGUGAAAGGAUUUGACAUGAUUAUCAGCCAGCUCUCUGAAGCACAGAAGCAAGAGGUUCUAAAGUUUGGAUUGGAUUAUCUCAAGGGCCAGGUGUCCUCAGGAGUUUCCUGUGUUGACUCUGGGACUGAAACUAAUGACAGAGGCUGGCUUGAGGACAAUUUUGGCCAGUUCCGUUUUCGUGCCUCUUUCCAAGAUUUUUUGUCCUUAAAGAAAGAUUUUAAAGGAGCUGAGGUGGCGGAUCUUCUUACAUUCAGUCAGCUGAAGGAACUUGCAGCAAUCUCCUCACAGCUAAAGGGAACACAAGAUGUCACAAAAGUCAUGACAGUCAUCAACCCGGCUCACUUUGCUGCUUUCUUUGAUUCGCUCUCAAAAGCUGUUGUGGCCCAGUCUGUGAACUACACGCAGGAGGUGAAAUCUGCCUUCCUCCAGGCGGUUUUUGACAGAGGGGGUCUUCCAGCUGUCGGUGAUGAUGACUUCCUGCAGUGGCUGAAACUUCUGAAUCCUUUACUUGUUGACCUUUCUCCAAAUCUGGUCACCCGCUUUGUCAACUUCGCUGCAAACAGGAGCUGUACCAUCAGCCAGGAGAUGAUAAACGUGCUUGACACAAUACAGACGACGCUCAGCAACAACACUAAAGCAGAGAUCUACAAAAACGUCCUCCUCUUCCUCCAAGUCCCAACGCCCCUGAAGUGCUACAGUGGUGGAAGCUUCUACCUCUUCCUGAAGAAGAAUUUCCUGAACUUUGGCUUUCCAGAUGUGUCUACAUUCAUAUCUCUUCUGCCACCAACACGCAAGUCUGAGCUCCUAAAUACCAUCAGCACAUCAGAGCUACGUCAGUUCCUCAGUCAGCCUGACGUCAUUGAUAUUGGUUUAGACAUCUGCACCAUCUUCAGCAACUACAACAACACCGCUGCCUUCCUACAAUCAGAGGACGUCCCAGAUGAGGUGAGGACGAUCAUCCUCCCCUGUGUGUGGCCUUUGGCUCUGAGCAGCAACAGAAGAUCUGAGGUAGAUUUGUGGUUUAAUGCGCGGUUGAAGAACUAUCUGAGAUUCCUCACCAAGGACCUCAUCAGCUCCACUGAAGUGCAGAAAGCCUCGUGUCUCUCCUUCCAGAAGCUGGUGUCCUUCAUGGGAAAUAACUUCACGUACACCAGUUCUGAGUUUGGACGGCAGGAUGUGUACGUCACCAUCAGGAGCUACCUGAGAGCUGGUUCUGGAGCCAGAUGUUACGAUCCCACCGACCCAGAUCUGAACUCAACUUCCUGGUUUGCCAACUACAUGGGAAUGUUUGUGAUAUUUAUCACUUUGGAUGAUCUCACCAGCUUUGUCAACCUCCACCUCACCACCUCUCAACUGGAGGUGUUUUUAGUGGAUAAGGAUAAUCUGAAGCUUUUUAACAACACAGCAAUCCCAAAAAACGUAACAAACUACUACAUCACGAAGCUUUUUGAGUCCCACCCAUCCUUCGAUGUCAUGAUGCUUCCAGGCUCUUGGCUGUGCUCCUCUGAUGUCCCAAGCUCGGCUUUUUCUUCUCUUACUGAAGCUGAGACCAUGACCAUCUUAGACAGGCUGAAGACAUUCUGCAAUGGAACAGAAGAUCCUGAGAGAUCUGCAGCUUUGGCAUCCAACAUCAAGGUCCUCACAGAGCAAACGUUCCAAGAUCUUGGAAGUGCCUCAUCAGGCCUGACAGCCAGCCAGAUCCUUUCAGUGUCCCCUUUAGUGCUGGUUUCCUCUUUGUUCACUCUGGGCUCAGUGAACACCUGGGGACAGGACCAGGCCAAAAUCAUCAUCCAGUCCAUCACCUCCUCAGGCUUUCAGAUCAACAGCGCAGCCUCCCUGGAGUCCCUGGGUACUCUUAUUGUUGGAGUUCCUUCAGAGUUGAUGGAGAACAUCUCAGCUUCUGAAGUACUCAGCGCCUCCAAGAACCAAACGCUUGUUUCCAACAUGCUGAAAGCCCCAAACGUCAUCCAGGAGAUUUUUGUCAGAAAGAUCAUUGCUGCAGACCCUAGUUUAGCUAAAGUGGUGCAGAAUGUUCCCGAUUCCUUAGCAACUGAGAUCCCACCCUCCAUGCUGGUAUUUACUGAAGGGACUGCAGACAUUACUGUGAUAAACAAGAAGACGUGGACAACAUAUCAGUCCACCAUGUUUUUUGCAAACCUGGCUGAGACAGAUUUUGACGUUGAGCAGCUUUCUCCAUCUGUACUACAAGGCUUCACAUGUAGCACAGUUAAGAAAAUGAGAAAAAACAGAAUAAAACAGUUGAUCCAUGCAUGUAGGCCAAGAAAAGGCAGGGCCAAGGUGGAGCUACAGGAACCACAGGUGACCUGCAUGUACAACCUGCUCCGUGACGACCUUUCUCAGAACUUAACAGAUUAUCCUUCAGACAUGCUUCUCUACUUGGACAUUCAAGAUGUCCAAAAAGAAAACUGCAGGUCUUACUUCUCUGCACUGGGUGCUGCAGACUUCACUGUAGCCUCCAGCAUCUUGAACAGGGGCCCAAAGAAGCUGAAAGAAGCCAGAAGAUGUUUGGGGAUCAGUGGCAUCAGCCUGAGCAGAGACAACGUGGAGGUCCUAGGGAACGUGGCCUGCAGCCUGGACAGAUCUGAUAUUGAGAACGCAGAUCCUCUCAUCCUGGAAAAACUCAAAGCCUGCAAAGACCUCUCUGACAGCCAAGUGGUUGCCAUGGAAACACUGCUGCUAUCUGGGAAAACACAAUACGGAAAUACAACAACCUGGAACCAACAAACACUAGAGGACCUUGGGACACUUCCUUUAUACUUCACAAGGAAAGUCUGGGGCAACUUCCAAGAUACAACAAAGAAAAAGUUCCUUAAGGGUUUCAUGCCCACUUUAAGGAAAGAAGAAACAGAGAAGAAGAAGCUCAAGAACCUGUUUAAACAGAUCAACCCUCGAAUAGCAAAACGAGGAGCAGGAUGCACUGUGGGCAACAUCACCCAGGUGACCAUUGGCAACCCAUCCUUCCCCUUUGGCUACAAUCUGAUGCAGUUUGACCUCUGCCUGGACAUCCCCAUUCUGAAAGAUAACCUUAAAUCCAUCUGCCAGAACGUGGAUGAAGAUGACUACCAAAAGGUCAUUCUCAAUAAGCUCAACCAGGCAUUCCCAACUGGAGUUCCUGAUCAGGAAGUACAGAUGCUUGCUUCAGUGUCUCGCACAGCAACACUUGAAGACAUCUCCAAAUGGAACAUCAUUACACUGGAUACCUUGGCAGCUCUCAUGAAACCUGAAGAUGGAACCUGGGAGAACACAAAGAGCAAAGAAAUCAUCACCAAGUACCUGAAUAACCCUGGAAAUUCACUGGGCAGCACAGAGCUGAACGUUAUUGACUCCAACCUGUGCUCCUUGGACACCAGCACGUUGCAGACCAUCACAGCAGACAGCAUCAGAAAUGCCAAGCUUCUGAAGGUGGCAUCAUGUUCAGCUGAGCAGAAGAGAGUCCUCUAUGAGAUCAGCAACAACUCCUUCAGCGGAUAUCGUGAUAAUCCGAUUAACUUUUACAACCUGAUUAAAGGCUAUCUAGGCGGAGCACCUCUAACAGAUAUUGUAGCAUUAUCAACCCAGAACAUCAGCAUGGAUGUCAACACUUUCAGGAGUCUGGAUAUCAAUGUGAAAACUAAUUUGACUGUAAGCAACGUCCGAGGUCUCCUGGCUGAAAACCUUCCAGAUCUGAAGCUGUUUGAGAAUGAUACUGUGGUUCAGACCUGGGUGAACCUACAGCUACAGUCUGACCUGGACACACUGGGUUUGGGUCUAAUCACCAACAGGGCCAGCCCGACAGCAGUAACUAGCUCAAACACAACCGGCGCACACGCGACAGUCCAGACUACUACAGAUGGCACUGUGACACAGGGAAACACAAACAGUACCCCUACACCAUCACAAUCUGCAACCACUAGUGGUGUCCUGGAGCUCACCAGAUCACCAGCCUCUGUUCUCCUGGCAGCUCUGUUCACAGCAGUUCUACGAGUACUACUGCAACCAGCCUAAAAUGCCCCACUGCAGCAACAUUUAUGGGGUUUAUAAGCAAAGUUUUUAUGUAAGGUAUAGUUAUUAUCAUUACUAGCUGGAUUAUUUGUUGUCAUGUAGAUAAAAUGCUUAAUUUCAACAGUUUAUUAUCUGCUUUGUUCUUUUCUAUAUUAUCAUCAUCUAACUGUCACUGAAGAAUCAACAAAAUCUUAACAUAACUAGUUGUAGGUGGAAAUUUGGGGAAAAUUAAAUAAUGUGCAUAAGUAAUGCAUGAAAAUGAUAAAUCAUAAAAAAAAUAAUUACAUUGGUUAUCCUUUCAAAUAUAAUCUUGUUCUUCUGUACUUUUAGCAGCAAUGUUGUUAUCUAAAUAAAUGAAAUCAGAUUAACACAGA